UGGGACGCGUUUCAUUCUCGGCUCGCUCGUUGGCGCAAACGGUUCAUUAGCUGGCUGAUCGGUUCGGUUCGGUUCGGUUCAGUUUGGUUUAAGCCAAAAGUGCAUUUCCUAACAUUGGCAUUGGCCAGACAGCAGAAGCCCCUGGGUCUGGUCAUCUGCUUUGUUUUACUUCAUUUAUUUUGAGUCGCGUCCGUUGACGAAAUUCCGCUUCUUAUUGUUAUUGGUGCGCUGGCGUUGCAUUUGAUUGGUGUUCGAGUGACGAAAGUGCCAAGAGUCUUUCAAAGUCAAUCAAUUAGAGGGUGCAUUACGAUCGCCGAUUAGAUACAUCUCACGAUGAUGCUACACAUCGUGAUUUUAGCGGCGAUUUUAACGGGCGCCCAAUGCUUUCAAUUGAACAUGACGCAGUUCUAUGAGAUGCCGCCGCUGUACGACUUGGAUGACUACGAUCGCUGCCUCCAGGAGUUCGAGGGCCAGUCCUCCACAUACUGCUUUGUCCGGGCGGAAGUCCAGCCGGAUGUGUCGGUGGCCGCCUGGCGAGCCAUAGCUGAAAUUUCGCAGUACGAUCGCCACCAUUUUGAUCACAAGCAGCUCUACUUUGGCCUCUGCCUCCGCGAAUGUGAGGCUUCUCUGGCCGGAUUGGACAAUAGCGAACUGGAGGCCCUGCAGGCCGGCCUGCUCACGGAAAAUGCGAAGGUGAACGUGUAUCUGGACUUGUUCUCGAUGGAGACGACUAACCGGCAGCGUCACCAGCGACUGACGAAUGCCUGUCUGAAUUGGCGGCUGCAGCGUCGGGGAUUCGGGGUUCAGGCCAAGAGUGUAGUGGAGUACUGCGAUCAGGCGGGUCAUCAGUUGGAAGACGAUGCUUGGAACCUGAUCUUCUAUGGGAUUCUAGGCGUCCUAUUGGUCCUGGCUUGCCUGGGAAGCCUAGUGGAUCUUCACCUGAAGCGGGGGCGUCAUGACAAGAUGCUCAAAGAGCGAGAUCAUUAUAAGACGCCGCCCAAAAGCACAGCACAGCAGGUGCUGCUCACCUUUUCAGUAGCCCGCAAUUGGUAUCGCCUCAACCAGGAGCCAAGUGGCAAGAUCGGACGCGAGCUGCGCUUCCUCGACUGCUUCAAGUUCUUCGCCAUGUUUAUGGUGAUCUUUGCCCAUACCAACUGGGUGAUUUACGAGAGUGCCAUUAGUAAUCCACAGGAUCCGGAGCGGCUGCUUCACACUGCAGCGGGCACCUUGCUCGUUUCGGGAUCCUUGAUAACUGUCACGUUUUUUGUGAUCAGUGGUCUGCUGUUGACUAUCAAUUGGCUGGCUGUUUCUCGAACAAUACAAUCCAAGGAGGACACCUGGAGCUUUGGCCAGUAUGCUCAGCUUUUCGUUAAGUUCAAUAUCUUUCGGUACAUCCGGUUGACCAUUCCGUAUGCCUUUGUCCUGCUCAUGAGCGGCGUUUAUUUCGAGAACGCCGGGGGACCUCUGUGGCGGCACAUCUUCGAGCGCGAGCAGCUGGCUUGCCGGCGCAACUGGUGGACCAAUCUCUUGUACAUCAACAACUUCGUGCGCACGGAUGAGCGGUGCCUGCUCCAAGGUUGGUAUUUGGCAGCGGACACGCAUUCCUUUGUGCUUAGCUUGAUUCUGCUGAUGCUGGGCCACCGGUUCGCCAAGUGGAGCAAGCAGCUCUAUGCGGGCAUUCUAGCUCUUUUUGUGGCGGUGCCAGCGGUGCUUACAUAUGCCAUGGACUACUAUCCCAUUUUUAUACCCUCACCACAAACCCAAAAGGAUUCGUUCAUAGGAGACCGCCAGUUCACUGAGUUUUAUACUUCGUCCCUGAUGAACUUUGGUUGCUAUUUCUGUGGAGUCCUGGCCGCAUUGGUCUACGAUCAGUUGGCUCUGAAGCAAUAUAAGCUGCGAGAGCUGAAAAGCUUCCAGUUGCUCUGGUUCACCCUCAUCCCGGUGGGCAUCCUUUGGCUCUUCAGUGCUCAUCCCAUCUUCCAGCACUACUACGUGGCUCCAUCCGCUAUUUGGGGUGCCCUAUAUGCUGGUCUACAGCGAAACAUCUGGGGCUUUGGCCUGGGCAUCUUCAUCGUGGGCAUGGCCAGCAAAGUUGGCUGGAUCUUUCGUAAAUUUGCCUGUCUGCCUAUUUUCCGUAUUUUGGGACGGCUUACCUAUGGAGCGUUUAUUGUCCAUCUCCUCGUGGCUAGAAUCGUUCUGGCCACAGUGCGGGAGCCCAUUUACUUCGGCACGGGCAUGAUGUUUGCUUUCAUCUUCUUCACGAUGACCAUGUCCUAUCUGUGCUCCUUUCUCCUGGCCAUCUUUCUGGAGCUGCCUGUCUCCUCUUUCCUCAAGCUUAUGCGAUAGCCCAAUAUCUUAACUUAUAGCUUACUUAUAACUAGAAUAAGAAAUAUAACUUAAAUAAAUCCAUCACC